AUGGCGGAGGAACCGUCCACCAAGCAUCAUCAUGGCGAGACGACUGACAAGAGCUGCAACCUCGAUGACGUUCACGUCCCUGGCGAGAAUCACGCAUACACCAGAACACUUGAAGGGGUUGAGCUCCACGGUAAUGAGACGCUGGAGAUCAUCCGCACAAGCAAACCAGACAAGGCCGACGAGAUGACCACCAUGCUCUGGAGGAAGGCUGGCGGCUCUCAUCGUAAGAUCGUCGGUCUUGGUUUGUGCGUGGAGGAACUCUUCCUGGUGUACCAAAUCACAGUGGCCAUGAAAUGUCCCAAGCGCCUCAAUGAGAUGCUGAAGCAUGAGAAGUUGUUCACAUUUGCCGGUUUCAGCAUUGAAGGCGACAAAGAGAAGAUGAAGAUGUCUGGCCUUCCAACGAUCAACCCCAACAAGUAUGUCGACAUUUAG